AUGCAUCGCCAUUGGCUAAAUACCGUGACGCAGAAUAACCAACCAAUAAAAAGCGAAAGGGAUAAUUCUUUUUUCUGUAUUUUCUUUUUCUUUUCUGAUCUAUUUUCUUUCCCAUUCUCUCUUUCUUUCUUUCUUUCUUUCUUUCUUUCUUUCUUUCUUUCUUUCUUUCUCAUGUUUUUAUUCUAUUUCCUUCUUUGUCCGGCUCUAUUCAUUCAUUCUUUCUUUCUUUCUUAUGUUGUUUUUAUUCCAUUUCCUUCUUUGUCCAGCUCAUUUUUUCUUUUCUUUUCUUUCUUUCUUUCCUUCUUUCCUUCUUUCUUUCUUUCUUUCUUAUGUUUUUAUUCUAUUUCCUUCUUUGUCCGGCUCUAUUCAUUCUUUCUUUAUUUCAUUUUUUCUUUCUUUCUUAUGUUGUUUUUAUUCUAUUUCCUUCUUUGUCCGGCUCUAUCCAUUCUUUCUUUCUUUCUUUCUUUCUUUCUUUCUUUCUUUCUUUCUUUCUUAUGUCGUUUUUAUUCCAUUUCCUUCUUUGUCCGGCUCUAUCCAUUCUUUCUUUCUUUCUUUCUUUCUUUCUUUCUUUCUUUCUUUCUUUCUUUCUUAUGUUGUUUUUAUUCCAUUUCCUUCUUUGUCCGGCUCUUUACAUUCAUUCAUUCAUUCAUUCAUUAUUUCUUUCUUUCUUUCUUUCUUUCUUUCUUUCUUUCUUUCUUAUUCUUCCUUCCUUUUGUUUUAGUUCUCUAUUCUUUUGCUUUCUGUUUUUUCUUGGCAGACGAUCAAUGUCGCCAAAUGUUGACGACAUUAUUUAACAAAAGACAUCGAGCUAUCGAUGUUUCGCUGUUCGUUUCUUCUGGGAUUCGCCACAACUACCCAAAUGUCGGGAACAAGAUAAUCAAGACUGAUACACGAGGUACUCGACAGCUGACGCCUGGAAAAGCUUUUAAACUAUUAUUAUUAUUAUUUAAAGAUAACCAACAGACUUUUUUUCUCUUCUUCUUAAAUACUCGCUUUAUCUUUGCUUUCUAUCGUCUUCUUCUUUCACUGAUUCUUUUUCAACGUCUUUCUUUUUCUCUCUUUUUUUCUUUUAUUAUUAGAUUUUUGACUUUGCUUCUUCAUUUUUCAUUCUUUUUGUCAUUUCUUUCUUUCUUUCUUUCUUUCUUUCUUUCUCUUUCUUUCUUAUCUGAGCCUUCAUUUGUGUGUCUUCAAUCCUUUCUUUCUAUCUUUCAUUAUUUCUUUUAUUUUCUUUCAUUCUUUCUUUCUUUCUUUCUUUCUUUCUUUCUUUCUUUUAGAUUUCUAUUUUUCUUUCUUCCUUUUUGUAUUAUUCCUUUCUGUCUUUCUUUCUUUCUUUUAACUUUCUUUUCUUUCUUUCUUUCUUUCUUUUAG